AUGGCCUGUCGCUACUACCCCGCCACGGCGAGCUACCCGUCCCCACUCAAGGGGUUCGAGCACCUCCCGCCGUUGUCGGAGGAAAAGGAUGAAGACGGUAAAAGUCUCAAGAACGAACAGACUGGCGUUCUCAGCAAAGCUUAUGAGGAGUUUGUUGAUCCAUUGGAUAGGGGAAGGAGGGGAGGGUUCGACGUACAUAUUUACUACUUUCAGGCUUCGGAAGAUCAGACCAAAUAUGCCAAGGAGUUGUAUGAGCGGAUCCGGCGGGAAUUCCCCGAGCUGCGGAUCUACAAAUUCUGGGACAGGCCCAUCGGCCCGCACCCCGUAGCCAUGUUCGAGGUGAACCUGUUCACGCCGGCCCAGUUCGGCGCCUUUGUGGCAUGGCUUGCCGUGUGGCGCGGCCCGCUUUCGGCCCUGAUCCACCCAAACACCAUCGCCGGCCCCGGAGAGGAUCAGAUCGAGGUCGAGCGCAGGGACCACAGCCAGCGAGCCAUCUGGAUGGGGGAGAAGCUCCCUUUGGAUCUUGACUUGUUUGCCAAGAUGGCUGAGAGGAAGGCUUCUGCGGGAAACGCAUAA